CACUACGGAAAAGUUUAAUAAAGUAAAGGGGACGAAGCUGAACUCAGCAGUUGCCAUAGGAAAACAUGGCGAGAAACGUUGUUAUUUUAGUGGUCGUAACAUUUAUUGCUGUUGUCGUUCAAUGUCAAAAAACCGACAACAAGGUUGUGUGUUAUUACAAUUCAAAAGGAUAUUUUAGAGAAGGACAAGGAAGAUUCGAUCUUCCAUUUAUAGAGCCAGCUUUACAAUACUGUACUCAUUUAAUUUACGGUUACGCCGGAGUUAACGCCGAAAAUUUCAAAUUAGUUCCACUCAAUGAGCAAUUUGAUGUCACGAGGGAUCAUUAUAGACAUAUUACUAACUUAAAGAGGCAAUAUCCUGGAUUAAGGGUUCUGCUAUCUGUAGGAGGAGAUGCUGAUGAUGUUGACACCAUUAAGUAUUUAACACUUUUGGAAUCCGUGGACCAUAGACUAUCAUUUGUUAACUCUGCGUUUACAAUCGUGAAAUCUUUUGGUUUUGACGGUUUGGAUAUUGCCUGGGAAUUCCCGAAAACAAAACCGAAGAAAAUUAGGAGCGGUUGGGGCAGCUUUUGGCAUGACGUAAAAACUACAUUCGUGGGUGACAGUGUACCAGAUGAGAAGGAGGCAGAACAUAAAGAACAGUUUACAGCUUUAGUACGUGAAGUUAAAAACGCUUUUAGACCAGAAGGUUUUAUUGUAACAAUUACUGUAAAUCCGAAUGUAAACAGUAGCGUAUAUUACGACACAAGGGCUUUGAUUCCAAACGUUGACUUUGUUAAUUUACUGGCAUUUGAUUUUUACACGCCUGGAAGAAAUCCUAAAGAAGCCGAUUAUCCAUCGCCUUUGUACAGUUUGAUUGAUAGAAAACCAGAUGAAAAUGCUGACGCUUGGGUCAGACACUGGUUGGAAAACGGAGCUCCAAACAACAAACUCAUUUUGGGUAUUCCAACAUAUGGAAGAGCGUGGAAAAUGACGGAAGAUUCUGCGAUCAGUGGAGUUCCACCAUUUAAAGUAAAAGGGGCUGCUGAAGAAGGACCUUAUACCAAAGAACCUGGUCUUUUGAGUUAUCCCGAAGUAUGUGCUAAAAUUUCUAAUCCGUUAAACCUUAAAGGCGCUGGAUCACAUUUGAGAAAAGUUGGAGACCCUACUAAAAGAUACGACGAAGUAAGAUUCAACGUUUCUGAUGUUUCCAAUAGAUACGGUGUUUAUGCAUUCCGCUUACCUGAUGAAAAUGGUGAAAAUGGUGUUUGGGUUGGUUAUGAAGAUCCGGAUACUGCCGGAAACAAAGCGGCCUACGCAAGAGCGAAAGGACUUGGCGGCGUUGCCAUCUACGACAUUACUCUCGAUGACUUCCGGGGUCUUUGCAACGGAGAAAAAUUCCCCGUUCUCAAAGCGGCUAAAUUCCGCCUGUAAUUAUCUAAUCAGAUACGGUGAUUUUCUUUUGUUUUGUUUUGUGAUUAACUACAUAGAUCUAAAAGUGAACAAAAAUGCUAGUAUGUAAUUUUAAAUAUGUCAUAAUUCUUUGAAACGAUACGUAUUUGAUAGUUUACUAUUUACACUAUUAAGAAUUGAGACUUACACAUAACAAAUGCGCUUUUAAACGUUACAUCUAUAAAGCUGUUGCCAAGGAUAUUAUAGUUUAUUAAUUGUU